GUUACCGCUGCCUCUGGAAUUUGCUACUAGGAAGAAGCAACGAUGUGGAGCGUUGUGAGCAGAGUUUUCCGUCACAAGAAACUGAACCCUCUCACUAUUCGCACCUUCUCCUCACUACCCACUGGUCUCUAUGGCUUUCACCAUUUAAAUACCCCAAAAGGCUUUCAAUCAUUCGUUGAUGAUGCCAUUCAAAGGUCUGGAGAACUCAUCAGUUACAUUUCUACAAGGCCAUCGGCUUCUGAAAUAAUGAAAACAAUGGAUGAGAUUUCUGAUACUGUGUGUUCUGUUGUUGACUCUGCUGAAUUGUGUAGGCAUACUCAUCCAGACAGGGAAUUUGUUGAGGAGGCAGGGAAGGCAUCAAUGAAAAUUAAUGAAUAUAUACAUUAUCUGAACACAAAUCGUGAUCUCUAUGAUGCGGUGAAGAAAGCUGAGCAAGAAUGUCAUAUACUUUCUAAUGAAGCUCAAAGGGGAGUUAGAAACUUACGUAUUGACAUGGAAAGGGGUGGAAUUCAUCUUUGCCCUGAGAAAUUAGAUCAAAUAAACAUGCUAAAUAUUGAAAUUUCUCAGCUAUGUAGAGAGUACAAUGAAAAUAUUGUCAUGGACCCAGGAACUGUUGACAUAUAUCCUUCAUCUCGCAUCCCUAAAAAUUUACAUUAUCUUGUUAAGCCUAUCUCUCGGUCAGAAUCUUUAAUAACUACGGAUAAAUCAGGGUCCAGGGGCACCCUUAAAGAGAAAGGAUUUCAAAUCACAACAGACCCACAAACUCUUGCUUCUUUGCUACAAUUUUCAUCGGAUGAUGAGGUUAGGAAAAUGGUAUAUAUAAAAGGAAAUUCUGUUCCACAUGCAAAUGUUGAUGUUCUCAAGAGGCUCAUAUCUGCUCGACACGAGCUAGCUCAGAUGAUGGGGUGUAGAUCUUACGCUGACUUUGCUGUUAAGCCUAACAUGGCUUCAUCACCAAAAGUUGUUAUGUCAUUUUUACUUGAGAUGAGCAAGAUGGUCCGAGCUAAGGCAAAAGAGGAGCUUAAGUUACUUACGAAAUUCAAGAGAGAAAAAUCUGGUCAAAGUGAUGGAGAUUUAAGGCCGUGGGAUGAGGCCUAUUACAUGACAAUGAUGAAGUCCUCUGCCUAUAAAAUUGAUUCUUCGGUUAUAGCAUCAUAUUUUUCUUUGUCAAACUGUAUUGAGGGUUUGAAGGUGCUGGUGCAGUCAUUGUUUGGUGCAACCUUUCAUAACAUCCCUCUGGCACCUGGUGAAUCAUGGGAUCCACAAGUGCUUAAGCUGUCUCUUUAUCAUCCUGAAGAGGGUGACUUGGGAUAUCUCUACCUUGAUUUGUACUCGAGAAAGGGAAAGUAUCCUGGUUGUGCUCAUUUUGCAAUCAAAGGGGGCCGCAGGAUUUCUCAAACAGAAUACCAACUUCCAAUUGUAGCUCUUGUCUGUAAUUUUUCGGGUUCACGUAAUCCAUCGGCUGUAAGGCUUAACCAUUGGGAAGUGGAAACUCUAUUUCAUGAGUUUGGACAUGCUCUUCAUUCACUGCUUUCAAGAACGGACUACCAACAUUUUUCAGGCACCAGAACAGUUCUUGAUUUUGCAGAAAUACCAUCCAACCUCUUUGAAUACUAUGCAUGGGAUUAUCGAGUUUUGAAAACAUUUGCUAGACACUGUUCAACUGGGGAAGAAAUCCCUAAGAAGCUGGUUGAGGCAAUGCAGGGUGCCAGAGAUAUGUUUGCUGCAACCGAUUUGCAACGUCAGAUAUUGUAUGCCUUAGUUGACCAGACACUUUUUGGAGAACAGCCAUGCCCUCUUGGUGAUAGUAGUUCUGUUGUUGCAGAACUGAAAAGAGAGCAUACCAAUUGGGAACAUGUGGAAGGCACACAUUGGGAGACCCGAUUUAGUCAUCUCCUUAAUUAUGGUGCAGGGUAUUAUAGCUAUUUGUAUGCCAAAUGUUUUGCUGCAACCAUAUGGAAGAAAUUGUGCCAGGAGGAUCCGCUAUCACUAAAUACAGGAUUUGCUUUAAGAACAAAGUUCUUACAGCAUGGAGGAGCUAGAGAACCAGCUUCUUUGUUAAAUGAUUUAGUAGGGGAUGGGAUAUAUAGGUAUUAUGAUGGAGGGAUAAUCCCUGAUAUUUCAAGUCUCUGUGAUGAAAUGAAACUGAUUGAAGAAUAUCAGCAACAGCAGAUCCAUUUGUUGUGAAUUUAAAGAAAUUGGACUCAACCCAACUAGCACCUAGCAACAAAGAUAUCUGCCACUGGGACACUCGGCAAAUGAGGCAGCACUAAUUUGAUUGAGUUCCAGAUCUUAAACUAUGCUGUCAAAAAUUUUGUGAGGCUUUGUUUAGGUCCUUGUGUCUAUUUCUUUAUUCAUGUAACCUUGUAAUAUUAAAAAAAAAAACUCACAUGAGAUGAAUUCAUUUUCAGAUUAAGGCACAAUUUCAUAUGUCGAUCA